AUGGUCUUAGCGAGGUGUGUAGAGGACCCUGAUGUGACAUCUGGUGUCCACGUUGAUCCUUUUAUCUCCCGGCUGCUUACUGAGGAUUACAGGUCCCUGCAGGAGCAGCACAGGGACCAGGUUCAGAUCAUGAACAUGUUGGAGGCGUUCAGGCUGCUACCGGUCUACUGGCUCCUGGUGGUUCCGGUUCUGGCUCAGGUCCGCCACCCUCUACCUGUGCUGUGGAUGUCGGUGGGGGACAACCUGACAGCCGGCGUGUCCGUGGCGGUCCGACUGGCUCUGCAGGACCUGAAGAGACAACCGCCCCCGCUGGGGGACUACGAGGUCCAGUUCCAGCUGCUGGACUCUCACUGUGACCCUGCUGUGUCCCUCAAAGCCCUGUUUGACGCCAUGUGGGCGGAGCCCAACUACCUGCUGCUGUUCGGGGGGGCGUGUCCAUCUGUGACGGCGCUCAUUGCUCGAUCUCUGCCGGCUCUCAACCUGCUGCAGGUCUCGUUUGAAGCCUCGUCCCCAAGCCUGUCCAACAGGAAGCUGUACGGGAACCUGUUCAGCACGGUGCCGUCAGACCGAGCUCUGAACCAGGCCACGGUGAAGCUGCUGCAGCGCUUCAAGUGGACCAGAGUCGGUGUGAUCACACAGGAGGGACCCCGACUUUCAGAGAUGAAAAAGGAUCUGAGCCGACAGCUGCUGAAGGCCGACGUUCAGGUGGUUUCCUCAGAAAGUCUCUCUGAAGAUGUCUGCAGCAGCUUGAGGAGGCUGAAGGAAAGUGAUGUUCGGAUCAUCAUUGGUCAGUUUGAGGAGGAUUCUGCCUCUGAGGUUUUCUGCUGUGCCUACAGACUGAACAUGUUUGGAGCUCGGUACCAGUGGCUGGUUGUUGAUGGAGGAACAUCUGGAUGGAUGCUGAAGGUUUCUGGAUGUACGGACGACAGUCUGCUGACGGCUGCAGACGGAUCCAUCAGGCUGCAGAUGAGACGGCUCGGCAACGCCAAGACACCGGGAAUCUCCGGACGGACUCCUCAGGACUACCAGGACUCCUACUUGAGACAGGUGAUCCAGGACAGGUCAGAUGUCAGCCCCCUCCACACCUUUGCCUACGACGCAGUAUGGGUCGCUGCCAGAGCUCUGAGUCAGGUGAUGGAGGCCGUGAAGCUCAGAGAGAAGUACAGCAGCCAGAGAAACGUAAGCGUUAGAGGGGAAGAAGUUCAGAGGACGCUGCUGGAGGCCGUGAAGCAGACGCAGUUUGAAGGAAUCACGGGUCCAGUGUUCUUUCGUAACGGAGAGAGGAUGACGUCGAUCGAGUUGAUCCAGUUUCAAGGUAGCAGAGGCGUGUUGGUGGGAGACUUCACUACUUCCACACAGCAGCUGCAACUGAUGAACCAGCUGCUGAAGUUCACAGGUCCAGGACCAGCCAGAGACCAGACUCUGGUCCUCCUGCAGCAGCAGCAUGUCAGCUUCCUGCUGUAUGGCAUGAUGUCAUCAGCUGCAGCUGUGACCAUCUUCAUCACCCUGACCCUCUUCAUCAGACGUAAACACUGGUUAAAUGAAUCUAGUGAUGGAUCCCAGGACGAGCUGCUACUGCUGGGCGUCCUGCUGUCCUCCUCCUCUGUCCUGGUCUCCGGUCUGGAUGGAGCCUCGUGGUCCUCCUGGACGUCCGAGCUCCUCUGCUCCGUGCGUCUGUGGACCGUCUCUCUGGGUCACACGGUGAGCUUCACUGUUCUGUUCAUCACAACGUGGAGGCUUCAUCCAGCCGGCUGCUCGCUGCUCCUCCUGCUCCUCGUGCUCCUCCUGGAGGUGUCGGUUUUAAGCACCUGGCAGAUCCUGGACCCUCUCAGACGGGUGGUGCUGCAGCUCGGACCGCAGAGCGUCUCUGAGGAUCAGGACCAGGUCGUCCAGCUGUUCUCUGAACGCUGCAGCAGCUCCAACAUGCAGCUGUGGCUCGCUGUUGUCUGUGGAUACAAAGCUCCUCUACUGGGUCUGGGCUGUCUGGUGGCCUGGAGCGUCCGGAUGCUGGACCACCCUGAACCCCUGAGUGUGUUCGCCGUGACAGCGUUCAGCGUGUCUGGACUGUUGGGGUCCCUGCUGACGGCCCACAAUCCUCCCGUCCAGCUGUGCGUCACCAGCGUCCUCGUCCUCGGCUGCAACGUCUUCAUCCUCAGCCGGCUGUUCGGACCGAAGGUCGGUGCGUCCUCCUGAGAAGUUAGAGACGGUGAGGACGAGGAGACGAGGAGGCUGAGCGGGUUAAACCAGCAGCUGAGGACUCUAACUGCCCAGCUGGAUGUAGAAAUAGAAUCCAUCAGCAUGCAGCUCCAUGAGACGUCUGAGCUCCACCGCGGGACAAGAGGACGACAUGCAGCAGGUGGACUCAGAUCCGUGACGUGGUCUCAUGUAGCUCAGGUCUGUUCUGAGGACAGAAACCCGGAGCGGGACCCUUUGAGUCCAGACGACAUCAACUCUCCUGAACACGUGCGGCGCCGUCUGUCCGUCCAGCUGCCGAUCCUCCAUCUUUCCUACCUUCCCACCGUCGGCGGUGCCAGCAGCUCCAGUCUGUUCGUUCCACACGACGACUACUUCCUGUUCCACUGAGCCAAUGAGACGACAGCUGUGACCUUCUGGACUGUUCUGGACCAGAAGAUUCUGGGUCACUCCGGAGGAACAGAAGGACUCCUUUAUCUCAAUAUAACAUUGAUUUGUAAUAUGACAUUACAUCACAUUUUUUACCAUUAAAAUGUUUUAUAAUUGAUUAAA